GCUCGUCGUGUGCUCAUCCUCCACCACCCUCCACCACCCUCAUUGCUCGUCGACCUCUUCUGAUCUUCCAUCUUGAAUGCGGGGAUUUCUGUGCUAUUACGACAUGGUGGUCAUGCUAAAGCCGUCUCUGUACUUAAUGUCUUCCAGCUCUUCCGUGGUGAGAGCAUAAAGGUUUCUUUUCUGCCCAUAGCACUCAUCUAAUCCUCGUCGUCCCUCGCUUCUACCAUGUUUUCUACAAGUCUUGCUUUGGCCGGCCUGCUGCUGGUCAACACAGUAUCCACCUUUCCAGCUCCUGGCGAGCAACAAGCCAUCAACAACCCUGAAAUAACCAUCAUAGAGCCAGAGUUCUCUCUGACUUCGACCAUCCGAGACACAUUGGUUGCUAACGAUGUCAUUGGCGACGUCCUCGACGACUUCGAGCCAUCAUACUAUAUCGAGGUCGACUAUCCCUCGAGUCACGAAAAGGUCCUUCUCGGCAAUGAUAUCCCGGUCGACGCUGUCUCCAAGAGACCAGUCUUCAAUUUCUAUUCGAUCAAUUCUCCAUCCAUCGAGGCAAAGAACUCGACUUUCACCCUCGCCCUGACAGACCCUGACGCAAAAUCCCGCAAGAAACCCAAGUGGUCGGAGAUGUGUCACUGGAUUCUGACAAACCUGACCACACCGAUCCCAGAACCACCCCCUGAGAUCCACGCGGCCAAACCAGGAGAGAUCAUGGAGUACUUGCCGCCGAGCCCACCACCAAAGACUGGUGCUCAUCGAUACGUCUUUGUUCUUCUGGAGGGUGAUUCGUCCAAUCUCAAGGCUCCUGAUGACCGCAAACACUGGGGCUACGGCAAGGUUCGACAUGGCGUGAGAGACUGGGCCGAAGAAAACAAUCUCAAAGUCGUGGGAGCCAACUUUUUCUUCGCCGAGAAUGAGAAGCAAUGAAUCUGAAGCUGAAUCUGGUACGGAGUACUCAUAGCAUGAAAUUGUCAUCGCUGUUGGUUUCCUUCAAAA